AUGCUUGUGAAGAAGGCACUGUUUCAAGAUCUUAGUUCUACUAUAGCAUUCCAUAGCCAUACAAUUCAAUUGCAUACACACACGAUGGCCCCUCCAUCUUGCACACGCUCGUUUGUAGGCGCAGUCAAACGACUCAAGCUCUCACCAGCGACACCAGCCGCACAACAUCAGAUCCGCCACAUACAGAACUCAUCGCGAAACGCAGCAUCAACCAUACAGUCAUCUAGCACCGACGGCGAUGCCUCGAAUAUCCGUCUCCCCAAAGCCGUCCAGGCAACCUACCUGGCGCCUCUCAAGCGCGCUCCAUCCCAAAAUCCCACCAAAGUCGCAGACCUUCAACUUCGAUCCUACAGCGUGCGCAAUCUCGAAGUCUUCGCCGACUUUGCCAUGCGCGCAGCCUACUUUCUGAAUCUCCCAGCGGCAGGCCCGACACCACUGCGCAAGAUCACAGAGCGAUGGACAGUACCACGAAGCAAUUUCGUGCACAAAAAGUCCCAGGAGAACUUUGAGCGGAUCACAAUGCGGCGGUGGAUACAAGUGUUCGAUGGCCAUCCUGACACCGUCGCCGUUUGGUUGGCGUUCUUGAGGAAACAUCAGUAUUAUGGUGUUGGGAUGAAGGCGGAGGUGUAUGAGCACGGGAGUUUGACAACAGGUGCGAGGUUGGAAUCUGAGGCAGAGAAGGUCAGGGUAUUGAUAGGUAAGGGCGAGACGUUUGCUUCGUUCAGAGGAGGCUUGACGGGCCGUGCAAAGCGUGCGGAACAGAGGCUGUGGGAUAGUCCUUUCAAGAGGAGCUGGGGUGCUGAUGCUGCGAUGGGAGGAACGCCGAGUACAGGGACGAGUAAGGAUAGGUUAUGGGUUCCGCGGCAAGAUCGGCAGACCUGA